UUUCACAAUUUGAAAUGACAAAUGUACCCCUUAAUUAAAUUCCAAAACUACGAUAAAACCUUAACCUUUAUCUUCCCUAUCAAGACAGAGAGAGAUCCUUUUCUUCACCGUCGUCCAAGGCUUUUACCCAGAAACUGCCGAUUCUGCCGAUUCACAAGAGGUUUUGAGUUUUGUAUAAACAGACAACAAUGGUUUCGUAUCCCGCUACAACCGAGACGAUUGCCCUGGCUCAAGAAGCCAACAGCUCUGAGGCUAUUCAGAUACUGUACCAAGUCUUGGAAGACCCUUCUUCAUCUCCGGAGGCUCUACGCAUCAAGGAGCAAGCCAUCACCAACCUCUGCGAUCGCCUCACCGAAGAGAAGAGAGGCGAGGAUCUCCGGACGCUGCUAACCAAGCUUCGACCUUUCUUCUCCCUGAUCCCCAAGGCCAAGACCGCGAAAAUCGUCAGAGGGAUCAUCGACGCCGUGGCCAAGAUACCCGGAACGACUGAUCUCCAGAUCACUCUCUGCAAAGAGAUGGUGGAGUGGACGCGCGCCGAGAAGAGGACUUUCCUCAGGCAGCGUGUGGAGGCGAGGCUGGCUGCUCUCUUGAUGGAGAACAAGGAGUAUGUAGAGGCCUUGGCGCUGUUGAGUACUCUGGUGAAAGAGGUUAGGAGGUUAGAUGAUAAGCUCCUUCUCGUUGACAUUGACUUGCUGGAGAGCAAACUUCACUUCUCGUUGAGGAACUUACCGAAGGCGAAAGCUGCGCUCACCGCAGCGAGGACGGCUGCAAACGCUAUAUACGUCCCACCGGCUCAGCAAGGGACGAUAGAUCUUCAGAGUGGGAUCCUCCACGCUGAAGAGAAGGACUACAAAACGGGAUACAGCUACUUCUUCGAAGCCUUUGAGUCGUUCAACGCUCUCGGUGAUCCGAGAGCGGUGUUCAGUUUAAAGUACAUGUUGCUGUGCAAGAUCAUGGUUAGCCAAGCUGAUGACGUUGCGGGGAUCAUCUCCUCGAAGGCUGGACUCCAGUACGUUGGCUCUGAUCUAGACGCCAUGAAGGCGGUGGCUGAUGCUCACUCCAAGAGGUCGUUGAAGCUGUUUGAGAACGCGCUAGGUGACUACAAGGCGCAGCUGGAGGAUGACCCGAUUGUACACAGGCAUCUCUCUUCUCUCUACGACACGCUUCUGGAGCAGAACUUGUGUCGUUUGAUCGAGCCUUUCUCGCGAGUUGAGAUAGGUCACAUCGCUGAGCUGAUUGGGUUGCCGUUGGACCAUGUGGAGAAGAAGCUGUCUCAGAUGAUUCUUGACAAGAAGUUCGCAGGUACGUUGGAUCAGGGAGCUGGGUGUCUCAUCAUAUUCGAGGAUCCGAAGGCGGAUGCUAUCUACUCGGCUACUCUUGACACCAUUGCAAACAUGGGGAAGGUUGUUGACAGCCUUUAUGUUCGGUCUGCCAAAAUCAUGUCCUGAAGUCCAUGAUGAGUCGUCUGAAUCGCAUUCUAUCCCUUCUUUGUUCCCUUUUUUUGGUUUUUAGUUAUCGUUUGGAAUCGGAGAAACUGAAAGUAAACGGUAUGGAUUGUUCCCAUUAAGCUCAUUUCGAUGUUACAUUUUGGUUGUUGCAGUCAAACUUUGUUCUCUUUUCCAAAA